AUGAGCGCCACACCUCUCGAGUCAAUUCCAGCUGUCCAGCAAAAUGUCGCUAUAAUAGCCGCUAUAGUGCCACAACAAAAUAAUCCUUACGCUGGGUUCGAUCCACACGCGGGUGUCAGCUGGCUGUAUCCCGUAGAUUAUACAACACCGGAUUAUUUGCCAUUAAUCACCGAGAAAACUCUGUACUAUAAUUCGCUGGUCAUUCUACCAAACAAGUUCGAGAAAACGUUUUUAACCGCAGCAUCGAUGUAUAACGUUUACUCCUGGUAUCCACUAGGAAAAAUUAUUUACGUGGCUACGAAACGAAAUUAUCUUGCCGAACAGAUGGCCGCUUGUGAGAAGUUGGUGAACUUCCAAAAGAAUGAUCUGGCAGAAAUGGUUAUGAAACCGCAAGAACGUCUUCACUAUUGGGUAUCAAAGCGGGUUUUCUUCGUCACUUCUCACAUGCUAUUAUGUGAUCUAAAUCGAGCUGCUCAAAACAUACCAUUGGAUAAGAUUAAAUUGAUUGUUAUUGAUGAACCACAGCUGGAAAAUCGUUUGCACGCUAAAAUUUUGCAGAAGCUUGCGGAAUGCAACAAGAACUUCAGGAUUCUUUGUGUUUCAACUACAUCCAGUAAGACCAUUGAUGCUGGAAUGUUGAAACAAUGGUUUAUCGCAAGUAUUGAGUUACAAUGGGGUAACCCGCUCGAAACACCGGAAGAUUGGCUCAUGAAUAAGAAAGAAAUAAGCAACAUAUCGACACCGAUCGGCCCAUCCUUGGGGGCACUGCUUGACGAACUGCGUGACAUUGGGCAGCGCUAUACGAAAAAUUUACACAUUUCGAAACUGAUCUGUAAAGCAGAGUUCGAAGCAAUAGAAGUUGAAAUGCUUCGAGGGCAACGGGACAAAUACGAGACAGCCAUACUGACCGGGGUGCUGCGCAAAAAUCAUCACGAGCUGAUGUUGUAUUUUCACCUGGCAGAGCGGACUUUGGUUGGGUACGGUAUUCUGAAGCGAGAUGGCAUAAUUGCGCUGCUUGAAUACUUCCAUCAUGAAGUCGACAUCUUCGUCGAGAGCGAUCGGAAGUUGGUUGCGUUCUUGGAUAAACUACGUCAGGGAGUGUACAAUACACCGCAUCCCAAAUUUCGCACGCUUGAAAACUUUUUACGGGAAUUUUUCCAAAGACGUCCUUGUGCUAAGAUUCUCAUCGUGGUUGAACGUAUGAAUUCUGCAAUGAUUAUUAAUGAAAACCUCGAGAAGAUACCCCAAUGCAAGCAUAAGGUUCUGAUAGAUGGUAACUAUAUGCGUGAUGUAGAUUUACAUCGCAAUGGUAAAUUGGAUGUUCUGAUCGUGACCACUGCGAUGGAACCAGCUAUCAAUAUCGGCGGGACGGAUCUGAUUGUGCUUUUCAACGCAACGGAUCAUCCGAGGGAAUAUCUGGCGCAUAUUGCUCGUACCCGUGGAGCACACCCGGGUGCCAUUGUCAUCAUGACAACGGAUGGAUCUGAGCAGCUCGAGGUGGACAAAGUGAUCAACACUCGUCGAAGUUACUAUUUCGAAAAUCGCAACAUUCUGCCCAUCGGCGUAGAUUUGUCCAACAUGUUGAUGCAAGAAUCUCCAUCAUUGAUCCCGCCAGGAUUUCAACCGAAGCGAAGACAAGCUUUUUUUAAUUUUAAAUCAGACAACGCCUCUGGAACGAAUCCAGUCAGAGAAAAUGGCAUGGAAUAUGCACAAUCGAUGCCAAUGCAACUGCAGGCCGGCGAUAAACGAAAGGUUGUCGAGGUACUAUCCGAGAAACCGGCUGCGUACGAUGCGUCUACCGGUCAUACGUUCUAUGAGGUUGUUCCGAUAAAACAGCAGUUGGUUUCCGCUCCAGCAAACCUGCUGUCGGGUGAAGAGGUACGAACAGUGUCCUGCAAAGUUGAGUAA